AUGCGCGUCACUCUCAACGAUGGCCGCUCCAUGACUGGUCAGAUGUUGGCCUUUGACAAGCACAUGAACUUGGUUCUCGCCGAUACCGAAGAGUUCCGCCGCGUUAAACGACGACAGAACAAGUCAUCUGCACCCGGCGCCAGCAGUGGACAAACGGUCGAAACUGAGGAGAAGCGAACCCUUGGACUGACAAUCGUUCGUGGUGCGCACAUCAUCUCUCUAUCCGUCGAGUCACCUCCUCCUGCAGACCCAAGCGCUCGGCUAGGAAAGAGCCAGCCAGGCGGUAUCAGCUCCGCUCUGGCUGCUGGUCCCGGUGUGGCCAAACCCGCUGGUCGUGGUGCCGCCCCUCCGUCUCUUGCUGGACCCGCUGCCGGUCUUGGAGGCCCUCCUCCCGGUUUCCCAAGCUUCCCUGGAGCUCCAGGCUUCCCUGGUGCUGGGCGAGGUGGUCCUCCCCCCGGUUUCCCUGGCGGUAACUUCCCUCCUGCUCCAGGUGGAUUCCCCGGUGCUCCUCCUGGUUUCAACCCCGGCGCACCACCCCCUGGAUUCAAUCCUCCUGGACGACGAUAA